GCGGGGUUUCAUUUCAAACCCAAACAGCCCGGGGGAAUGAGCCAGCGUUUAAACCAGGGAGUUAAUCUGCCGCGCUUCGUUCUAGUAAUCUAAUUUAGACCAGGGGUGUUUAUUUAUUCAUUCCGUGUUGUGAUCAGCGUGCAUCGCUUUAAAAUUACGUAAAUAGAAAAGCCGCACCGUCGCGUUUUCGCUCCAUUUUUUUCGCGCCUCACUUAUUAUUAUUAUUGGACAACAAAUCGACGCUUGGUUUGUUUUGCCGCUGGAGGUAACCACAACGAAUUCUUUGCCACAUAAAAACUAUCGCUUUAAUACAUUUCCACGCGGCUUUUCUGUCAUAAAAAGCGAUUUUGAUUAGAAUCAUGCCCAGGUCCAAUAGGCAAAAGGAAUACAAACCUGGAGAUCUGGUGUUCGCUAAAAUGAAGGGCUAUCCACACUGGCCUGCAAGGAUUGAUGAGUUACCCGAAGGAGCUGUGAAGUCCCCCUCUAACAAAUACCAAGUGUUCUUUUUUGGGACACAUGAGACGGCAUUUCUGGGGCCCAAGGAUUUGUUCCCGUAUGAUGAAUGCAAAGAGAAGUUUGGGAAAGCAAACAAGAGAAAAGGGUUUGCUGAAGGACUCUGGGAGAUCGAGAACAACCCCACUGUGACUCAUGAGGGCUAUGAGUCGUCAAAGAAGGACGACUCUUUAGAAGGAGCGGGGGACACCGGCAGCUCGGAGAAAGCAAACGCCGACGGCAGCAGCGAUGAGGAUGAAGGCACCCUGGUGAUCGAUGAGAAGAACGAGAGGGGAGCAGCUAAACGAAAAGCGGAGGAGUCAGCAGAGACAUCUCCUAAGCGGCCAAAGGACCCUGAAGCAGAAGGUGACGCUAACAAGACCGACACAGAGGUCAAGCUGAAUGAUGUGGCUGGAGCCAAAGUAAAGACGCCUUCCUCGAAGGGUGAGGCCCAGGAAAACGCUCCAGAUGGGGCCCAGCUAACAGCAGAGAAGCAGCCGGUGACAGGCAGCGCCUAACAUCAGCUCAGAAGAAAACCAAGAAUCCUCAAAGCUUCUCUCUGAAUUCAGGCAUCGACAGAAUUACUCAUGGGCCGCCAGAUUUCUGCUCUUUAAAUAAUAUGGAAAAUAAAUGUAAGGGUUUAUAAUGAUAAAAUGUCAUUUUUCAUUUUUGGGGAUUUUAUAUAUCCCAGAAAGAAAUCCAAUUUGACUCCAAACAACUGAACCGAGCGCUUUCCAGCUCACACGUAAAUGGGAUUUUGGUGUUUAUAUAUUUUUUAUUUCUAAGUGCAAUUACAUAAUUACAAAGUCUGAACCAGAGGUGUCGGCACAUUUUCCAUUUAAGAGCUGAAUACUGCAUAAAAAUCACAUGUAAAGUACAAAAACUCCUGUUUGAUGGUUUUAAAUGUAGAAAUUAAAUAGAAAAAGGAACAAAUUUUCACCGACUUUCAGCUUUCGUUCACUACUUUCUACUCCUAUUUGUGUCUCGUAGCUUCUGUAUUCAGUCAUUAGAGAGUUGCACUUUUAGCCCCUUCAUUAUUCAUUUCAUCCGUUUUGCCCUGAAAUGUUCCUGCAGCCAGUUUUGUGUCUUGGGUGUGUUUGUGUAUGCUUUACUGGAGGUGACCAAACUCAUAAAAUGCUACAGGAUGUGUGGAUCCCGUUUGUAACCCGUUAGCGGCGGUGAUGGGACGUGGUUUAGAGCAGAAAGGCAUUCCUGAACAUUGUCUCGGCUUGAUCCUGAAAUGCAGAGGUGGAGCAGAGCUAUGCUGCCAGAGGAGAAAAUGUGUAUUUUUUAUUUUUAUUUUUUUUUUUGUGUGUGUGUUUAGAUUUUCCUCAUCUCAAUUUCUCAAAAUCAUGACCUUCGCAUACUUUCAGAUCACAGCGCUGCCGGUGCCGUUUCUCGAGGCUUAAGAUUACGAUUUAGUUCAGAAAUUAGUUGCAACGUUGUCUUAGAUUUGACCAAAGUGUGAGUUCUUUUUUCUUUUUUUUUUCUUUAAGAAAUUGAACAAAAAUAGUUUAGACUAAAGCUUAAAUAAUGUGUAAUACCCCACCCUUGUAACUGGAACACAAGUUGUUUUGCUUUUUUUUUUUCUUACUAUAAAGCAAAGUUGUGGAAAUUGUCGUUCUUUCAUUGCUUCAGUGUUUUUUCAUGUCUUUGGUAAUGUUGGUAAAGUAAGUCAAGUCAUAAAACAAAGGGAAAUGUUCCGCUAAAAAAGUUCUAAUCGUUGUGUAAAGAUGGCCUCUUAUUUUUCGUGGCACGCCACUAAAUGUCAGAAUGAGUUCAUUUCAAGUGUUUAAUUUGGUUUUCAAUUGUACAAUUUAUUUUUGCUUUCUGAUUCUUUAAGAAACUGAUGGUAAUCCUGAUCUGCUGUUUAGUUUAUUGUAGUUGCCACAUGAUUUAAUAAAAAUGUUGAUUAUCAAAAAUAAA